CUCUCGGGUCGCAUGUACGGCCAGGUAGUCAUUUACAUCAUGUCCACCUCGCAAAGUUGCUCAUGGGGGUUGUCCCUGCUGGACUCCCCCAUAUUUGCAUUCUCAAGUGCUCCGUCGACCUCGACUCCUCUUUAUCUCGACGCCGCACGUUGAAGCAUUCAUCCAUCACCGUCAUGUCCGCCGACCUCUCUCUUCCCCCUUCUCAAUCGGCAGAUCUUUCCUCCCCAUUAUUCCUCCCCUAUCUGACGGAUGACGCCUGGCUCAACCUGAACCAUCUCCGCGGCCAGCCCGGAAAUUGGAAUCUCACCCCAGCUCCACAGCCGUCGCAGAACCGGAAACGAAGAAAUUCUCCCCCCAUUCGGCACCCGGACCCACCGGACGUGCAUAAAGACCGAGACGACGCAGAGCGGCAGAAACGCCAGAAAUCUCUCGCACGGAACCGCAGGGCCGCGACAAAAUGCCGCGAGAAGAAGCGAGAGUUCACGAAGCGGCUAAAGCACCAGUAUGAAGAGGCCUCGCAGAGGAAGCAGUCACUGGAGAGCCACCUCGCGCAGCUUCAACAGGAGACCCUCGAGCUGAAGAACGAGCUGCUGCGGCACUCGCAAUGCGCCGAUCCCGCCAUUCAACAUCAUCUCGCAGCCAUGGUCAAGGACGUGACAACCACCAAGCCCCCCGAUCUGACGCGAUCGUACCCCCUCUCGGAGGAUACUGGCAGUGGUGCGUUGGGGACCUCCGGCGACGAGUCCGGGCGGAUGCGUCGGGACUCGGUGCUGAGCCUCAGCACCGAUGUCAGUCUUGACAGCUUUAUAAAUGACGAUUUCUUGGAUCUUGUUAAUCUUGGAUCCGGAAACUUGUCAUAGGUCAUAGUCUGAGGUCUUCAUUGUAUACGCUGCUCGAAUGGGGGAAUCUUGCCAAUUGCAUUUAUGUACGUAAUAGCCAAACACGUCU